AUGCUGAAGGAACUCCAGCUCUCCCUGUCGGUCAUCCUGCUGCUUGCCUGUGGCUUCCUCUACCAGCUGUCCCUGCGAUCCGGCUGCCUCUUCUCCUGCCUCCCUCCCUUCAAGUCCCAGGAGGGGCCCGAAGCCCUCCUGAGCCCCGGACGCAGCAUCGUGUUCCUGGAGACCUCGGAGAGAACGGAGCCGCCGCCGCUGGUGUCCUGCGCGGUGGAGUCGGCAGCCAGGAUUUACCCUGGGCAGCCGGUGGCCUUCUUCAUGAAGGGGCUGGGCAAUCUCACACAGCUGCCUUCCAAUUCCACGCACCCUGCGUUCUCCCUCCUCUCCGCGAUGGACAACGUCUUCCUCUUCCCCCUGGACAUGAAGAGCCUGCUGGAGGACACCCCGUUGUUUUCCUGGUACACCCACGUCAACACCAGUGUCCAGAGGAACUGGCUCCACGUCAGCUCGGAUGCGUGCCGCCUGGCCAUCAUCUGGAAAUACGGUGGCAUCUACAUGGACACCGAUGUCAUCUCCAUCAGGCCCAUCCCCGAGGCGAAUUUCCUGGCUGCACAGGCCUCUCGGUACUCCAGCAAUGGGGUGUUUGGGUUCCUGCCCCACCAUCCCUUCUUGUGGGGCUGCAUGGAAAACUUUGUCGAGCACUACAAUUCAGCCAUCUGGGGCCACCAAGGCCCUGAUCUGAUGACCAGGAUGUUGAGGCUGUGGUGUAAGCUCGGAGACUUCCAGGAGUUGAGCGACCUCAGGUGUCUGAACUUGUCCUUCCUCCACCCCCAGCGGUUCUACCCUAUCUCCUAUCCAGAGUGGAGGCGCUACUACCAAGUGUGGGACACAGAGCCGAGCUUCAAUGACUCUUACGCCCUGCACCUGUGGAACUACAUGAACCGGGAGGGGAGGGCUGUGGUGAGAGGGAGCCACACCCUGGUGGAGAGCCUCUUCCGCAAGCACUGUCCCAGGACGUACAGCCUGAUUCAAGGCCCAGAGGAGUCAGUGACCAAGGCAGGCCGUCCAGGUAACCAAUAG